AUGGCAAGAGCGAAUUCAGCAUCCAGCUUCACUCCAGCAGUGACUCCAACAUCAGAAAUAUGCAGCUCUGGAAUCCAUCGAGUACCUGCCGUCGCUCCAACCGAGGACCCGCCUGCCCAGGGACUAGUAGUUGCUGUUCCCACACUGUCAAUUACAAGUACUACAACAGUCGAACCAGCUAUCCUAACCCCAGUCAACACACCAGCAAGCAAUUCUCUCGAAUAUGCGCUUGUAGCCCGGGUGGGGCCUGCUGCUGUAGUGCCUCCGCCUCCGAUUGUCAAUCCUGUGGUCAAUCCUGUUCCGCCCGCACCCGCGCCCGCGCCUACUUCUUCGGUUUCAUCUAGAACAACGAGUACCAGUGUUACACAUGCAAUGACGUCGUUUAGCAAUAUGCCCUUCGUCACUGUGCAGUGGGUCGAGACAUUCGUUGGCGGUACCUAUUCGACUUGGUGGCCCCACACUAUUUCUAUUGACUUCAAGCCGCAAAGAUCCGUGGCUCCAGCUCCGGGCAGAGGAGAGAUCGGUAUGGGGACCUUGACAGGCAAGACUGGUCAGACUCAGACCGUCGUAGAAGUGGUGGCUGCUGCUCCUACACACGACUCGGGGUGGGCUAAGGGCGUCGCUGCUAUGGUCGGUGUCGGUAUCAUGGGCAUUUUCUGAGAUACAGGGUUGGGAUCGAAUCAGAAUUAUGAGUCUAGUUAUGCGGUGGAUGAUAUGGAAGAUCGAGGCCUAUUUCGCCAAAUAUCCGUUGGGACACGUUAAUACGGCGAAUUACAAAAUGUAACGACUUAUGAGAGAGAUGCCUACUGUACAACAGAGAUAUCGGGAAGUAGCAGGGAGCGACAAGGGUUGUAGUAGUUGUAACGUUGGACAAGUUGCUCAAGUCCGAGUAAAAUGCGAG